AUGGCGUUCAAUUUCAACUGGUCUCCGUUAUCUACCGAUGCCGGAUUCCUUCCCCGAGCCCAAGAACUCCUCACCAACGCCCUCAACAGAGCCGACCCUAAACCCGCUAUCAUCGUCGACGACAUCAUUGUGAAUGAACUGAACCUGGGAAAUGUUCCUCCCGAGCUGGAAAUCCUCGAGAUCGGAGAUCUGGCUGAGGAUAGAUUCCGAGGGACUUUCAAGAUGAUGUACAAGGGCAAUGCAUUUCUUACCCUGAAGACCAGAGUACAAGCCAAUCCUCUAAACACAUAUUUACACACCCGGUCAGCGUUUGCAUCUCCGCAACCUUUGGCCGCAGACACUGGCCUCACCAUUCCCCUACAAAUCACACUGUCCGAGUUCCGGUUGUCCGGCUUCAUUGUGGUGGUUUUCUCGAGGCAGAAAGGAUUAACACUGGUCUUUCGCAAUGAUCCGCUCGAAUCUUUGCGUGUGUCUUCAACUUUUGACUCGAUACCAUUCGUUGCCAACUUCCUCCAGAAGGAAAUCGAAACUCAGCUUCGUGGGUUAUUGAUGGAUGAGCUGCCAGCGAUUAUACACAGACUUUCGCUGCGACUAUGGGUACCGGAGGAUAAAGCGAGAGAGGAACGUGACUUGGGAACCACCGAGACCAAUAAUGCGGAGGUCAUAAUAGAUCCUUUAGCCAGCCCGCCUCAAGAUCCUGUCGACUCGACUGGUGCGGUGCUGAGUCCUGCGGAGAUUGCAUCCCUUUCCUUGAACUCAUCGCUUGAGACCCACUCGUUAUUCUCUCAGAAGAACUUGAUUCGUCUGGCUACACUCACAGACUCGCAUCGAACUCUUUCAUUGUUCACCCCAACAAUUCGGGACGCAGUUUUCCGAGCAUGGACAGGCCCACUGGAACGUGGAGAGAUGACAGGCCUACACACGCGCGCGCCCACACCUGCGUUAUCUAGGACACAUUCAUAUGCUGGAAGUUUGGGCACUGCCACUACCUAUACUUUCGACAGUUCGACUCCGUCACGCCCUGGUCUUGCAAGUUUUGCAUCAGCAAGUCAUGGCUUAAGCAUGGGGAGUUCACGACAUGGACAAGGUCAUAGGCCGCGGAAAAGGAAGAAGCGUGUUGUCAACCUCCGAAAGCAAGCCGAUACGGGAGAACUUGAACUGGUCAGUGAGGAUGGAUCGACGGCGGAUACAGCCAGUAAUGCCGAGAGUUCAUCAACCGCGCCAUCCGUGUUUUCAGCACCGGCGGCAACCAUGUCAUCCGAUCCUACACAGUCAUUGAACCCCAUGACACCACCUCAGAGUCCACUUGCAGCCAGACACGCUAGUCUGGGAAAGAAUCCGGCAUCUGAGAUACGUAGUGUCAGCGAAGGGAUGCCCGGACCGGCACUUGUUGAUUCGACCGAUGACGCCGUCCUAGAUAUCCACAAGACACCACGAGCUUUCGACCGAAAUGCAACUAUCCGUAUCCGAAAUCGGAAACCGGGACCGAUUGUGUUCGACGAUGAUCCGACUCCAAGAGCUUCGAUGUAUUUUGUGGAAGGUCAAGAUCAGGCCGAGUUAGGCCCUAUCCCUGAAGGCCGAGCUUUGCCGACCGAAAAGAAUGAACAAGAAGGCCAUGCUGGGCCUUCACGUCCUCCUCUCCCCAACUUCCUCCAGUUUGUGACGGACCCAUCGAAUGGUGGUAGUAUCGCAGAACGAGCUUGGAUGAUGAAGAUGGCCAAUGAAAUGGCCAGGAGAUAUGAGGAUGAACGACUCAAGGGAAGCUUCGAGCCGUUUUCACCUCGCGAAGAAGAGCCAUCUCCUCCACCUGCUUAUGCGCGCUGA